UGUCAUAACUCACUCACAGUGACUGCAGUAAUGGUAGUAUUUGUACGACUUUCCGACUCCAAUUAGGCCGGUUGGACAAAGGAACACUCCACAGCGGUAUCGUUAUCUGCCUCCCCUCCCCACUCUCUCUUUUCGUCUCGUACUCAUACUACCCGAGGGUUAAUUUUACAGGGUUGGGAUUGCAGAGCUAGAGCUUUGUCAGAGGAAAAGGCUUAUCUGAUAUAUGGCAAUCCGUACCUCCGAUCUUCUCGUCGGCGUAAAGUCUGCUCAAGGGUUUGACGUUGAUGCUCUGUUUCGUUACGCUUGUGCCCAUGUCGAAGGAUUCCCUCCUCCACCUGCCAAACUCUUUGUUUUGCAGUUUGGGCAUGGGCAGUCCAAUCCAACGUUUCUAAUGGAAGUCCGUUUGGGAGCUUCUGUGAAACGGUACGUCUUGAGAAAGAAGCCUCCUGGGAAGUUGCUAGAAUCUGCCCAUGCUGUGGAACGGGAAUUUCAGGUCCUCAAAGCUUUAGGUCUUCAUACACAGGUUCCUGUUCCUAAGGUUUUCUGCUUGUGUACCGAUCCUAGUAUAAUUGGAACUGCAUUUUACAUCAUGGAGUUUUUGGAAGGACGGAUAUUUCUAGAUCCCAAGCUGCCGGGGAUAACCCCUAAUAGCAGGAUGGCUAUAUACCGUGAAACUUCCAAAGCUUUAGCUUCUUUACAUAGUGUUGAUGUUGACUACAUUGGCUUGGGAAGUUAUGGGCGUCGCAGCAACUAUUGCAAGCGGCAGGUAGAGAGGUGGGCUAGACAAUAUAUUGCUUCCACUGGUGAGGGUAAACCUGAUCGAAAUCUAAAAAUGCUAGAGUUGGCUGAUUGGCUACGGAAACAUAUUCCUCUUGAAGAUUCUUCUGGAGCAACAGGAGGUUUAGUUCAUGGGGACUUCCGGAUUGAUAAUCUUGUAUUCCAUCCAAUUGAGGAUCGACUGAUUGGAAUUCUUGAUUGGGAAUUGUCAACUCUUGGAAACCAAAUGUGUGAUGUUGCGUACAGCUGCAUGCCUUACAUCAUAAACGCAACCCAACUUGAAGCAGAAUCCUAUGAAGGAUUUGAAGGUACUGGCAUUUCUGAAGGGAUUCCAUCACAAGCAGAAUACCUGGCAGAAUACUGCUCUGCAUGUGGGAAGCCAUGGCCAGUUUCUGAGUGGAAAUUUUGUGUUGCCUUUUCUUUGUUUCGUGGUGCAUCAAUUUAUGCAGGUGUCUAUCACAGAUGGAUUAUGGGUAAUGCUUCAGGGGGUGAGCGUGCCAAAAACACAGGGAUAUUAGCUAAUGUUAUGAUAGAUUCUGCAUGGGCAUUUAUCAAUAGGAAAUCUGUGCUUCCUGAGCAGCCUCCAUCUGGUCAGUCAAUUGCUAGAGAUUCUUUUGAUUAUUUAAAGCAGUAUGGAAAUGAAAGUCAAAACCAAGGGCUUAUAACAAAUGGUGGGAAGUUUGUUCCAAGUCCAAAGGUUCUUGAAUUGAGAAACAGGUUGAUCAAGUUCAUGGAGGAUCACAUAUACCCCAUGGAAAAUGAGUUCUACAAACUUGCUCAGUCUGCUUCACGCUGGACUGUUCAUCCAGAGGAGGAAAACUUGAAGGAGCUGGCCAAGAAAGAAGGGUUAUGGAAUUUGUGGAUACCUCUAGACAGUGCAGCCAGAGCAAGAAAGAUACUUUCUGAUGGGUCAAACUACUUAUCUUCGGGGAAUGCAAAAAAUCAUUUAUUUGGCGCAGGGCUUUCAAACCUUGAGUAUGGAUACCUUUGUGAGAUCAUGGGGCGCUCAGUUUGGGCUCCUCAGGUAUUCAACUGUGGUGCACCUGACACUGGAAAUAUGGAGGUAUUGUUGCGGUAUGGAAGUAAAGAGCAACUAGAAGAGUGGCUUAUUCCUUUACUUGAUGGGAAAAUUCGUUCUGGAUUUGCAAUGACAGAACCACAAGUUGCAUCUUCUGAUGCAACCAAUAUUGAGUGUUCAAUAAAAAGACAAGGGGACUUUUAUUGCAUCAAUGGAAAGAAGUGGUGGACAAGUGGAGCGAUGGAUCCUAGGUGCAGAGUUCUGAUAGUCAUGGGAAAGACAGACUUAACGGCUCCCAAACAUAAGCAGCAAUCCAUGAUCCUAGUUGAUAUGAACACUCCUGGUAUACAUGUAAAGAGACCACUCAUGGUAUUUGGAUUUGAUGAUGCACCACAUGGGCAUGCAGAAAUAUUGUUUGAGAAUGUACUUGUGCCUGCCAAGAAUAUACUUCUGGGAGAAGGACGUGGAUUUGAGAUUGCACAGGGCAGGCUAGGUCCUGGAAGGCUACACCAUUGCAUGAGACUGAUAGGUGCUGCAGAGCGUGGGAUGGGGAUGAUGGCACAAAGAGCUCUUAAAAGGAAGGUGUUUGGAAAAUUGAUUGCUGAGCAAGGUUCAUUUCUCUCUGAUAUUGCAAAGUGUCGAGUGGAGCUGGAAAAGACAAGACUGUUAGUUCUUGAAGCAGCAGAUCAGCUUGAUCGUCUUGGAAACAAAAAAGCCCGCGGAACCAUUGCCAUGGCCAAGGUAGCAGCUCCAAAUAUGGCAUUGCAGGUUCUUGACAUGGCAAUGCAAGUUCAUGGUGCGGCUGGCUUAUCUUCAGACAUUGUCUUGUCACAUUUAUGGGCUACCGCAAGGACAUUGAGAAUUGCUGAUGGACCAGAUGAAGUUCAUUUGGGGACCAUAGCUAAGUUAGAGCUACAGAGAGCUAGGCUGUAAAAAUCUACAGAAGCUUGAAAAUAUCGUUUUUACACGGAAUCGGCAAUAAGCCAUGAUGGUGAGUGACCAUGUAGAAUAAAUUCCCAGUCAUGUUGUAUAAAAUACCACGGUAUUAUACUAGUAUAUACUUCAAUAAAUAUUAUCAUGUAAGCUCAGUGGUUUGUUUAGAUAAAAGAUUUCAUAUGGAGAAGGAAAACUGAAGAUGCCUCAUUUUAGUGGAGAAACAAUCAUUCAAGUGAUGAGAUCGGCUGGACUAGUUCUGAUCUUGCCCCUGAAUUUUAACUGUUGAAUUUGGACUGGACGUUGAUACCUUGAUUAGAAACAAUUGUAUCUAGAUUUGAAUAAAAAGAGAAAAAACAUGCUGAUUGUUGGAAAAGAGUCAUCUUUACAUUCUGUUUUUCACGUGUAUCCAGCGCAUUGUAAGGUUGGCACGCAACUUCAGCCAUGGUUAAUUAAAUAACCAAAGCUCUAGACAUGUUGAAUUGAA